GUAAACUGGGAGAUUCAUAUUCGAGACUGGCAACUGCAGCAUGCAUGCUUGCUUCUGAUUGUCGAUGAAAAAGUGGAGCAGGUCGACGAAGAGCCUUACCGUUCCGACGCGAGGACUCGUGCCGCAUUGGUUCGCCAUGCCCUCCCUUGUUGGGGCAGUGGUGUCUGUGUCGGGACUCGAGACAAAGCCGAAAAGAACACGGCGACGGCACAGAAACUGUGCAUAGCCAGUGUCUGGACUUUCAUAAUCACAAUUCUCCUCGAAAGCCUGCCCAGUCAGGCACUUUGGGCUGGGCUUUUCGCCCAAGCAAUGAGGGGAGUCUCAAGUGCGAUGCCCGUCUGCAAACGAGAGCCGAGCUUCUCGCUUACUCGGCAUCACCAACCCACCGGCAACUUUUCGAUACUCUUCUUCUCCUAUCGAUCACCGAGUGGAUCUGCUGUACAAGCGGUUAUCUCUUCUUCCACCCACCAGUCUUCGAUAUGGCCAAGCUUCUCUUAG